GUAAGGUAUUGCAUACGCUACUGGCAUCUCAUACUUUUAAUCAUGAUUCAUCCUAUAAACACGCUAAUCAAGGACACAAAUGCAAACACGCAGCUUCAUGAAGCGAGAACUAGCCUCCAGCAUGAGUCGGCAACGCAGUUGCCCUCGUCGUCCGCUGCCAAUCAGGUCGUGACCGUACAAUAUCAUGACAUUCGUGAUCCUCAUCAUCGCUAUUGUAAAUACUGUGCGAGAAAGGUAUACCACUGAGAAGGUAAAAGGUUGCUAAAUCGGACAGAUGCUUCAGGCUAGAGCGGCCCUCCGGGUUCCCACGCCCAGAGAGCCUCGUAAAACAAAGGAAUGAAAAGCUUCGUGAUGACAAGGCGAAAGUACGAAAGCAAGGCGCUCGCUGAUGCCGGG